AGCCCCUCCUAACCUCUGCCUGUCUUCAGCAGUGAGAAGUGUGGCCUAAAAGUUUUCUAGGGGCUUCCUGAACUCUUGGGAAAUGAGGGUUUUGAAAGGUUCAAGGCAGGAAGGGGCUGGCAUAGGGAGGAAAGGGUGCGGCCAAGGCAAGUGAUAUCACAAUGGGCACUGCCCAUCCUGAAAAGGAAGUUGGGUGGGGUAGAAGCAAGAAGGCCGAGGGGGGAAGGACACUGAGAGGUCCCCAAAAAGGAGGGGGUCACAGCAGCUGGGGCACCUUCCAGGCUGGAGGUGUGGGCUAUCUCCGGGAAGGGGUGGUCACUGAUGUCCAGCAGGAGUCCUUGAAAGGCAGAGCCCACUAGAACAUCCCUGAGACUCCACCAUGUUCCUCUUCUCCCGGAAGACCAAGACCCCCAUCAGCACCUACAGUGACUCCUACAGGGCUCCUACCUCCAUCAAGGAGGUCUAUAAGGACCCACCUCUAUGGGCCUGGGAAGCCAACAAGUUUGUGACCCCAGGUCUGACUCAGACUAUGCACCGCCAUGUGGAUCCCGAGGCUCUUCAGAAGAUGGUCAAAUGUGCUACACAGGACUACACCUAUAAGAACUCCAUAUCAGGCCACCCUUACUUGCCUGAGAAAUACUGGCUCUCUCAAGAUGAAGAGGACAAAUGCUGUUCAAGCUACCUGGACAAUGACCGCUACAACACAUGGAGGACAGGACCUUACAGCAACUACUGGAACAAGUACACCACCUGUCUCCCCCGACUGCCUAAGGAUGCCGGGAUGGAGACGGUAGUGCGAGGAAUGCCGUUGGAGUACCCUCCUAAGCCCGAGCGCCUCAACGCCUACGAGCGCGAGGUAGUAGUGAACAUGCUGAAUUCGCUGUCCCGGAACCGGACUCUGCCACAGAUUGCGCCCCGCUGCGGGUGCGUGGACCCUCUGCCGGGCCGCCUGCCAUUCCAAGGAUACCAAAGCCCUUGCUCCGGCCGCCACUACUGUCUGCGCGGGAUGGACUACUGCACCACCGGGGAGACUAGCAGAGAACGCCGCCUGCGGCCUUUGUGUUCCGAGGAGCCGACUGUAAGGAGUGUCUCGCCCUACGUUCACCGGCCCGGAAUGCAAUGUGCUGUUACAACUCCCCCGCUGUCAUACUACCCAUUUCCCAACCUUAAAUGGGACACAAGCCACUUCAAGAAAACUGGUGGUCCCCAGAGAAACAACUAUGUUGUCCACCCUGAGUUUGUGUCUGAGACCUAUCCUGUCUACCAUUCCUGGUAACGCUUUGGCCAGGUCAAGGAAGAGGGUGGAGCAAUAAACUCUUCACCGCAAA